UACACUGUGAGCCGCGGGCGCAGGGUUCGCUGACAGCAGGAGGAGACAUCCAUCCUCUCGCUGUCAUCUUGUACUGUGCAAAAAAGAAAGGGGGAGAAUGGAACUCCCGACCAAUUACGGAACAACACCAAUUUAAUGAAUAUUCAUUACGGGGGGUGUAAAAGGGGCAAAGCCAUUUCAGGAGAAAAAACCCAGCAAUGCCUGCAGCACAGACGUAUUGUCCACAACAGUUAACAAACAUGGCUGUGAGUGUGGAUGACAAUCAAAUGCAACCAGAAAAACUACUGAACUUCCGUCACAGAAAAGAGCUGCUUUCUGGGGUGAUAUUGCUUUGGAUGAAGAAGACUUGAAAUGGUUUCAAGUAAACAGAUCUACUCAUUCAGGAGAACCAAGAAAUAACCAGACAGGGCUUACUGCAGAUGACCUGCUUGACAAUUUUACCUCAAGUUUGAAUGCCACACCAUCAAAUCUAACAUCCCAGGCAGUUAUAAAGGGUAAUGUGGUACCCUGCCCAGACCUUUGGCUUGGAUGCUGUGACUGAAAAUCAAUCCACUAGUGAAGGUCCUCCACAUGGGGACAGAGUCCGCCGAGCUGCCACCUCAAGAACUGAAAGAAUAUGGCCUGGUGGAAUUAUCCCUUAUAUAAUACAAGGCAAUUUUACUGGCCAACAAAGAGCAAUAUUCAAACAAGCUAUGAGACACUGGGAAAGAUAUACGUGUGUUACGUUUAUAGAAAGAACAGAUGAGGAAAGUUAUAUUGUCUUUACUUACAGAACCUGUGGAUGCUGUUCAUAUGUAGGUCGACGAGGAGGAGGUCCUCAGGCUAUAUCCAUAGGAAAGAACUGUGAUAAGUUUGGCAUUGUGGUCCAUGAACUGGGACAUGUAAUUGGAUUUUGGCAUGAACAUACACGUCCAGACAGAGAUGAACAUGUGACAAUUGUAAGAGAAAACAUACAGCAAGGUCAGGAAUACAACUUCCUUAAAAUGGAGCCAGGAGAAGUGAAUUCUUUGGGAGAGACGUAUGACUUUGACAGUAUCAUGCAUUAUGCCCGGAACACAUUCUCAAGGGGUCUAUACUAUGACACAAUACGCCCUCGACAACCUUUGAGCCAUAUUCAAACUAUUGGACAACGCAUGCGGCUCAGCCGAGGAGAUAUUGCACAGGCAAAGAAACUAUAUAAAUGUCCAGCAUGUGGGGAAACUUUAAUGGAGUCAAGUGGCAAUUUCUCUGCCCCUGGUUAUCCAAGUGGUUACCCAUCUUAUACACAUUGCAUAUGGAGAAUAUCUGUAACACCUGGAGAAAAGAUAGUCCUAAAUUUCACAGAAAUGGACCUCUUUAAAAGCAGACUAUGCUGGUAUGACUAUAUUGAAAUACGAGAUGGAUAUUGGAGAAAGGCACCAUUAUUAGGUAGAUUAUGUGGGGAUCGUAUACCAGAGCCAAUAGAAUCAUCUGACAGCAGACUAUGGAUUGAAUUUAGAAGUAGCAGUAAUAUCCUGGGUAAAGGAUUCCAUGCAGUUUAUGAAGCUAAAUGCGGAGGCAAUAUAAAAAAGGACAUCGGUCAGAUUCAGUCUCCUAACUACCCAGAUGAUUAUCGACCUGACAGACAAUGUGAAUGGACUAUCACGGUCUCAGAAGGGUUUGUGGUUGGCCUUUCUUUCCAAACUUUUGAGUUUGAAGCACAUGACAAUUGCUUAUAUGACCACCUGCAAAUCCGUGAUGGUCGAUCAGAAGAUAGUUCACUAAUCGGACAGUUCUGUGGUUACGAGAAGCCUGAUGACAUUAAAUCUACCUCAAAUACACUUUGGAUAAAGUUUUUCUCUGACUCCUCAGUAAAUAAAGCUGGAUUUUCUGCUAACUUCUUUAAAGAGAUUGAUGAGUGUGCCAGACCAGAUAAUGGAGGAUGUGCCCAGCGCUGUGUUAAUACAUUGGGAAGUUAUAAAUGUGUCUGUGACCCAGGAUAUGAACUGACCCCAGAUAAGAAAAGCUGUGAAGUUGCAUGUGGAGGUGUUAUCACAAAGCUGGAUGGAACCAUAACUAGCCCUGGCUGGCCUAAUGAAUACCCCACUAAUAAAAACUGUGUGUGGCAGGUGGUGGCUCCAGCACAGUACAGAAUAUCUCUGCAAUUUGAAAUCUUUGAGCUUGAAGGCAAUGAUGUCUGUAAAUAUGAUUUUGUUGAAGUUCGCAGUAUACUAAAGACAGAUACAAAACUACAUGGAAGAUUUUGUGGAUCAGAGAAACCAGAAGUGAUCACUUCACAGGGCAAUACUAUCCGACUGGAAUUUAAAUCUGACAACACAGUGUCAAAAAGAGGAUUUAAAGUCAACUUUUUCUCUGAUAAGGAUGAGUGCUCAAAGGAGAACGGGGGCUGUCAGCAUGAGUGCGUCAAUACUUUGGGCAGCUAUGUGUGCCAGUGCAAAAAUGGAUACACGCUACAUGAAAAUGGACAUGACUGUAAAGAGGCCGGCUGUGAACACAAGUUUCUGAGUGCAGAGGGAACAGUUGCAAGCCCCAACUAUCCUGAUAAGUACCCCAGUCGAAAAGAGUGCACCUGGGAGAUCUCCACCACAGCAGGUCACAGAGUCAAGCUUGUGUUUAAUGACUUUGAGAUUGAAUUGCACCAGGAGUGUGCCUAUGACCACCUCGAGCUGUAUGAUGGACCAAGCAGCAAGUCCACAAUCCUAGGCCGAUUUUGUGGCAGCAGUAAACCUGAACCUAUUAUUGCAUCCACAAAUCAUAUGUUUAUGCGCUUUUAUUCAGAUGCUUCAGUGCAGCGGAAAGGGUUUCAAGCCAAGUACAGCACAGAAUGCGGAGGACGUUUGAAAGCAGAGAUUCAAACAAAAGAUCUCUAUUCACAUGCCCAGUAUGGUGAUAACAACUACCCAGUACAAGCCAAGUGUGAUUGGGUCAUUGUAGCAGAAGAUGGCUAUGGAGUAGAGCUGAUUUUUGAAACAUUUGAAAUGGAAGAAGAAUCAGACUGUGGUUAUGACUUUAUGGAAAUAUAUGAUGGUUAUGACAGUACCGCUCCACGGCUCGCUAGAUAUUGUGGAUCUGGGCCCCCUGAAGAAAUAUAUUCAGCUGGAGACUCCAUUAUGAUCCGCUUCAACACGGACGACACCAUCAACAAGAAAGGAUUCCAUGCUCGAUACACCAGUACCAAAUUUCAGGAUGCCCUUCAUAUGAGAAAAUAAAUUAGAAACUAUAUAGGCACCUAGCAUUUGAUACAUCAAUGUUAUGGAACUCUGGGAAAUUGAGCUAAAUGACACGCAUGUCUUUAUGAUUUAAAGGGGUUAUCUGGUUUAUGAAAAAAAAAAAUAAAUAGAGGGGGGGCCCUUAUUUAAGACCUACGCCAGUUAGCCAGAGAAGUGGGUGGCUACAAAUAGUUUCUCCCUUACUGGAGCUCAUGGUUUGUCCAUGUAAAACAAAGAAAGCAUAUUGAUUUUUGUGGGCAUGAUGUUAUAUUUCUCUUCCUGGCACUGCAGGGAAUCCUGAACACUUGCUGCUGGAUUCUCCUGCAAAUAAUGUCUGGAUGCUAAAGAUCCUGGUAGUGGGACAAAUUAAGAUCAAGCUAUUUUUGGGGGGACCUUUCCAACAAAAAUUGUAAAAAGUGGACAACUCCUUUUAAUGGCGGAAUUCAGUCUAACAGAUACUUGUAUGAAUAAGGAUCCAAACUUUAAUAGCAUACUAUUGUUCUGUGCCAAUGUAACAAGGACCAAAUAUCUGCAUUUAAUAGGCAAGCUUAGUUUACAUUCCUUUAAAGUGAAAGGCUUACCUCCCAUGCCUAUUAUGUACCUGUCCACUGAAACUCCAACUGGCAGAAUGGAAGGUUUAUGUGGCUCCAUAUGGAACUUCAGGUUUUUUGUUCACUGUGUCUGACUAGCUGACCAUAUACCAUGGCAUAUCCAGUAGCCAAAGUUUGUAAUGAUAAAACAUAUAACCACACCCACUACUUAAAGGGCUUCUCUGGUUUCUGUAAGUUAUGUGCAUUGAAUGGAGCAUUUUACAUUAAAAUACAUACAGUAGUUUUUUUUUUUAACUGUACUUUGGGAACAAUAACCUGUUUUAGCUACACCUUGUAAGGUUUUUGUUUUUCUUUCCUCUGAAAGUCAAGGGCUGCCAUGUUAGUAUCAGUAGGCCAGCUCUGCAUGAACAUCCUGUCAUAUAACCUGAGCUCGUAAGAUCACAUUUAUGAGAAGUGGUCAGAUGACAACCUGUUUGUGCACAGAAUGGUAACCAUAGAGCCAACCACAUUCUAAACAAUUUUAUACCAAACAAAGGAGAAAAGACAGCUAGCCUGGCACUGCUACUUCACACACCUGUGGAUUUCCACUCAACUUGACACUGCAGCUAUAGGUGUACAUCAGCAAUGGCGGUGCAAAUCUUGGCAGAAGAGCUUCACAAGCAUGCAAAUAUUCAGUAAAGAAGGAAUCAAAGUGCACU